AUGAACCCCAAUCAAAUCGCUAUCGUUAAGAGAAGAAAGAGAAAUGGACCACAAAAGGUUCUUCCGAUCCACAUCAAGAACAUGAUUGUGGAGAAAUGUUAUAUAGAAGAGUCCAUGACCCGAGCCGAAGCAGCCAGGGCAUUUGGUGUCUCAUGGGUGUCGAUUAACAACAUCAUCACCAAGUUCGAGAGGGAUGCUACUGUAGAGCCCAAGAAGCGAGGCGGCUCGCGCGCGGAAAGUCUUAAGAUAACCGAUGAGCAUUCGAAGUUCAUUCAAGACCUCUUGGACGAAUGCUGCACCUUGACUCUUGGUCAAAUGAGAGAGGAACUGUUUAGAAAAUUUCCAGAGCUUCAAGAGCAGAACUUGAGCAUCAGUGGCUUACAUAAGCACAUUAUCAACAACAUCGGGUUCACAU